AAAUACAUUCAACACAGCAAUGAUGCAUAAGCUGGUAUUCUGCUGUCUCAUUAUUAUCAGCUUCUCCUGUCCUCUCUCGUCUCUCCCCAUCAUCAACGCCAGCGAGAUGUCUUAUCAACUCUCAGCUGAUGAAGAUUCGAGAUCAAAUCUGGAGCGGCUGGGCAGCCUAGGAAGCCCUUCCCUGCUUCAGUUUCUGCCAGAGCUCUUGGGCACACUGACUGAAGAUAACAAAGCAGGUCUUAGCCCCAGCAGCUACAACCCAAGGGAAAACACCAAAGAGACUUUCUACGGAAACCAUCCUCGAAUUGCUUUGCUGGGCCGCUUCUUGACCAAGGACAGGAAACAGUACAAGAAACGUGGGAAUCUUUCCGAGUGCUUCUGGAAAUACUGUGUGUAAACAGGAGAAGAAACUCUCCCUGACUUUGGUUGCAUAAUUUAUACAGAUGUCUGAAAACAUGUAUAUAGAUUUGCUUGAUUUAAAAUGAGAAUGAAGAAACAUGAAGACAGCUCAUAACUUUAGACUCUACGCUACUUGGAAAUUAAUAAAUUCUUGAUGUUUUGCAA